AUGGACACAUUCCUCGCGAGAUUCGUCCCGCUCCCUGGAGCCGCGAAUCUCCAGUCUUGGGAACAGAUGGCCAGUGCGUCGUUCUUUGCAGGGCGUUGGGGAUGCCUGGGAUCUUUAUAUUUCGAAUCCCCUCUGCCCUGCCGCUGCCCAUGCAAAUGCCGACUGAGACCGCGGGCGCCUGCCCUGCCCGGCGCCCUGUCGGUCGAACGUGCUUGA